AUGGUGUUUGGAAGAGGUAACAAAAAUCAUAGAGUGCAAGAUGCAAAAGGACCUGAUUGUGUUGCCAUUGUUUUACAAAGUGGAACCAAGAGAGGUGAUGAUCCAAGUACUGUCAAGAAAGCUAGAAGCUCAGAGGAUACCAAACAGCGGGAGAAAGCCAUAAAAGCAGCUGCAUACAAUUUGGAGGUAGAGCAGCUUGAUGUGAAGACAUCAUCUCUCCAUGGUGACUUUGAGGAGGAUAUUUACAUGAAACAAUUAGAAGGGUUUCUGGUCAAAGGAAAAGAAGAUCUUAACCACCUCUUCUCUUUCACUCCCAAAUCCCACAACACUCUUGCGAAAAGCAGAGAUCUUGAGUUUGAUUUCUGGGUUCCAAGUAAAAUGAGAAACCACCACAGCAGAAACUGUGAUCCUGACUCGCCAACUCUGUGGAAGCGUGAAAAAAUGUCGGUAAGUAUUGCCAAAGAUCACCACUACAGCAAUCUCUCUCCUUCAACAAGGACUCGCAGGAUCGAAGAAGGAAGAAGAGAAAUGAUGGAGAUGAUCCGGAACUUGCCCGAGUCGAGUAACGAGCUUUCCCCCAAAGAUAUUGUGGAUAAGCAGCUACCUUUGCAGGAGAAUCAAGAGGAGGAAGAGGAAAAAUUUCAGUUUCCCAGUGCUAAGGUAGAGUCAAAUAAAAAUCAGAAGAGGAAGAAGAGGAAGAAAGUCACGAGGACCCCUAGUCAUCAGCAUCAGAUGUCAAGAUGUAAUAGCAUGGAAACAGGAACUUUCCUGAUCAAGAUGUUUUUCCCAUCUUUCUUGGCUUUGAAUAAGAAACCAGCAACAUCACGGAACAGCUGGUCGAAGAUUUCGCCGAGGACAUCAUUUGAAGGGUCCGAUCAGAGGAAUGUGGACACGGUGUAUAGGAUUAAAAUGAGUCCUGUUGCAGAAUAUCAGGGGAGUCACAAUCGAGAUAUAACUGAAAGUGGUACCAGCAGGAGCAAGAGCUAUACAAGCAGGAACCAUGACGGCGAUUCUUUCCUAGGUUGCUGGCCUUUUUCCGGAACAGAAGGCAAAAUGCAGAGGCUGAGAGCACGUGUUUUUUUAUUUCCUCUGCCACCUGCACAUGAAGGAAUUGGAACAUCUACAUCUAAAGGAUUCCUGGUACGUGCGGCUUUUCUGGACUUGAAUACACUCUUUUUUGCCGUCUGAGACAUCCAGCACUUGGGCAAUAUGGUUGGAACAUUGAUCCUAUGAAUUCUUCUCGGUCGAAGUACCAAGGUUCGGCGGAAUGUGAUUGGAUGGUCGUCCUCACAGUUGGAACAUCAAACAUAGUCUCAUCUGCUGCAACACGCAACGAGCACUCAUCUAAGCUGCACAAGGGUGUGGUGGUGGAAGCACCGUCCUCUCAUGCAGAACACCAAUCCAAAGUACUUUGGCUCUCUAGCUACAUUUCCUUGCCCGAAAUGGCUGAUAGAGA